AUGCCUCAGAUCACGGAAAUCUUCCUGGAUUGUGACAAUACCCUUGUCCUGUCGGAAGAGCUGGCCUUUGAAGCCUGCGCCGAUCUGGCCAAUGAGAUCCUCGAGAAGAAGGGAAUUCCCGAUCGUUAUACGGGCGAUCAACUCAUCAAAGAUUUCGUCGGGCAGAACUUCCGCGGCAUGAUGGGCUCACUGCAGGCCAAAUACAAUUUCGAGUUGGAGCCUGCUGAGCUCGAGGGCUACGUCACAAAGGAGGAAGACAAGGUCAUUGCAAAGCUGGAAGCCAAGGCCAAGCCUUGUGUCGGCGCUACCGAGCAAUUGAUCAAGCUGUACGAGUCAAAGAAGUACGGUCUCGCUGUUGUCUCAUCAUCUGCUCUGCGUCGGGUACAGGCUUCUAUCAAGAAGGUUGGCCAGGACAAAUACUUUGAUGCCGACAAGGUAUUCAGUGCGGCUAGCUCCCUUGACAAACCCACUUCCAAGCCUGACCCUGCCAUCUACCUGCAUGCACUCAACUAUGUUAAGAAGACUGCUGGUGAGACUGUUACAGUGGAAGACAGCAAGUCGGGUGCCCUCGCUGCGAUCCGUGCUGGUAUCUGGACGAUCGGAUAUGUUGGCAGCUAUAACGGCAAGGAGGAGCAGGAGGCGAUGAGUGCCCGCUUGAAGGAUUUGGGUGUACACAUCAUCAUGAACGACUGGUCUGAAUUUGAGAGUUGCAUGGAAUACAUCGAGAGCUUGCCCGCCAAGGCUCAGUCCAGCCUGUGA